AUGGGGGAGGAGGAGGGAGGUAAUAGGAUCAAGGGAAAGAGGGACCCAUGGAAAACCAAGCUUGGAACUACGAUCACUGAUGGCCUACUAACUACUACUAGCACGAAUGAAACUCCUCCGUUGUAUAUAUAUACCAUGGUCUGGCCGCACCUGCGGUCAAGGAAAUCAUACCUAGGCCCAUCCAUCUGCCUCACUGUACCUACUACUCAAUACUCAACAUAUAUACGGAGCACCACCACCACCGUCUAUUACUGCUAUAACUACUACCUACCACCACCACUAUCAAGCACCCUCACAACCAACCUUCACAAUAAGGUCUUCUACUACUCACAACCUACAAUUGCAAUGUCUAUACCAUUAACUACCUCGACCUCCACACCCUCACCCAUCUCCACACCUCCCUCAAUCCCUUCAAGUACACUCUCAUCCACAACACCCUCUUCCUCACCAAAGAUCAAGAUAAACAUCCGGGUACGAGAAGCAACCAUCAAGGACCUCAACAGGGUGGCCGACAUCAGCAGCCAGGCCUUCCUCCACAAUGCCCUCUUCGACAACCUUAACCCCCGGCGGCACGAGUACUACGACUCCUUCCGCUACACCCGUCUCCGCCAUGCGCGCAACGCAAUGCUAAAACCCUCAAUGCGCCUUCUAGUCGCCGAGAACGAUGACGGCGAAGUCGUGGGAUACGCAAUGUGGGAGCGCCUUGGGAACGACGCAAUCGCACAGAAGGUCAAGGCCGAGCGUGAUGGCAUUCUUCUCCGCCUCGAGAGAUUCCUCGUAAACGUCACAGACCGAAUAAACGCCGUCAUCGCGCCCGACCCCUCCGCCGACCCCGUCGCCGCAAACAAGCUCCGCAUCGCAAGCAACACCCUCGAGAAGCUGCACUGGGACACAGCCGAGCGCAAGAUCCGCUGGCAUCUGCACUGGCUCGGUGUCGACCCGGCGCAGCAGCGCAAGGGCAUCGGCAGGCACCUUGUGCAGUGGGGCCUGGACCGCGCCAUCGAGGACAAGGUCUGGGCUGGCAUCGAGUCGAGCGCCGUGGGCGAGAAGCUCUACUCGAGUAUGGGCUUCAAGGUCAUUGGCGAGCGCCUGCCCUGCAUCGAGGGCAUAAAUAUGGGGACUGUGAUGGCGUGGGAGCCUAAACGCUCAUGA